AUGGAUCGUUUGGCUAAAUUAAUCGAGUCUAUAACGAAACCACGUUAUGAAGAAGAUUUUAUUGACAGACUGAAUUAUCAUUGCUGGCUUCCCAGUGAGCUUUCAUCACAACAAGGAUGGGAACAAUACGCUGAAAAUUUUUGCUUCGUAGAAAAUACCUAUUAUGUACCUAUUACUGAGGAUAUACCUAAGAAUUCAGAACAGAAGUUGCAAAAGCAGCUUACCUAUUACCAGUGGAUUCCUUUUUUGCUGAUAUUUCAAGCUUUCUUGUUCACAGUACCACAUAUAUUUUGGAGAAUGUUAAAUUGGACCACAGGCAUUUAUAUGAAAACAAUAAUAUCGAUGGCGAAUAAUGCUCGAAAUGAAAAUUUAAAUAAAAAAAGAAACGAAACUAUUAUUGCUAUUGCGAAUCAUUUAUAUCAUGCAUUGGGAUCUGAUAUUUUAUGUCGACGAGCAACCCACAGUAAUCCAUUCAUAGCGGUAGUGAGGCAAUUUCGGAUUCUUUCGACUUAUUUGGGUGUUAAUGGAUACGAGUUAACAAAAGCAGUUUUUGAAGGACGCACUUGGGAACUCACUGGACUAUUUCCACGAGUAACGAUGUGCGAUUUUAGAGUGCGUGCUAUGGGCAACCAUCAUCAUCAUACAAUUCAAUGUGUUUUGAUGACUAAUAUGUUUAAUGAAAAGAUCUGCAUAGCUUUAUGGUGGUGGAUUUUGGUCUUAAUGACUUCGACAAGUGUAAAUCUAUUUUACUGGUUAUUUGUUAUGGCAUCGCCAACAUUCAAACGCAACUAUCUUCUGGAUCUUAUUAAACUUGGAGGAAUACAAGGGGGAACAUUGGAUAUGGAUAAGGCUUUGAACGAUUUUGUAUUCUAUUUAGGAAACAAUGGAAUUUUGGUUAUAAGACUGAUGGCAUUGAAUGCCGGUGAUCUUAUAACAAGCGAAGUGGUCGCACAUCUUUUCAAAAUGAUUCCUAGUGAAAAGUAUAUUUUACAACUUCAAAAAAUUAAAAAGGAAUUAAUUACAGAGGUAUACAAUAUCCAUUUAAUGAAAAGACCACCAAAAAAGAAACGAGAAGCAAAAUUAUCGAAUGGAAUUGAUUUUCGCAAUAGAUUGGAUUUGAAUUGA